AUGCUGAGCCUGUACUCCUCUGCUCCCACCAGGUUCUCCCUCCUGCUGCUCCAGGAGGGGGAGGAAUAUGUGCACGAGUUUGUGGCGGAGUGCGCCUGGCCCCCCCAGAUCCCAGGCAACUGGCAGGGGCGCCCCGUGCUGGCCGGCCACCUGCGCCUGGCCACCCGCUCCAUGUUCUUCGACCCCGACGACCUUCGCGUGCCCAUCGUCAGGCUGCCGUUCGAGGGCGUGGAGGGGCUGGAGGCGGUGGGCUCCGCGCGCAGCGGGGACUUCCUGGUGCAGUCCCGGCACGCGGUGCGCAUGCGCCCCGGGGCGGCCGACGUCCCUUACGCACACGACCGCUCGCGCCCGGCGCUGGCCUGGCGCUUCUGCCUGGCCUUUGCCGCCAUGCACGACUUCAUGCCACAGGCCCAGCGCGUCGUGGCGCAGCGCGCCGCCUGGCUGGCCACCCCCCUUGCGCGCGAGCGCGUGGCCCUGGCGCUGACGCCGGCGCGCCUGUACGCGCAGCCUCGGCACGGGCUGCAGGGGCGCAGCGUGCGCAGCGCGCGCCUGGCCGACGUGGCCGCGCUGGCACGGCGCCGCGCCGGGCUGCGCGACGUCGGCCUGGAGGCGGGCAGCGAGUGGGUUCGGGGCGCAACGGCUGCCUGGCAGCGCGGGGCCCUGUCCAACUUCGACUACCUCCUGUUCUGCAACCUGGCGGCGGGGCGCUCCUUCAGCGACCUGGCCCAGUACCCCGUCUUUCCCUGGGUGCUGGCCGACUACGCGUCGGAGGCUCUGGAUCUGGACAAGCCAGGCGCCUUCCGCGACCUGACCAAACCGGUCGGCGCCCUUAACCCCGCCCGCCUGGCCGCCGCGCGCGCGCGGUACGCCGACAUGCGCGACUGCACCGACGAUCCGCCCUUCCUGUACGGCACCCACUACUCCUGCCCCAGCUACGUGCUGUACUGGCUGGUCCGCGCCGCGCCGGGGCACAUGCUGCGCCUGCAGGGCGGGCGCUUCGACGCCCCGGACCGCCUCUUUGCCUCGGUGGCGGGGGCCUGGACCUCCGCGCUGGCCAACCCUGCCGACGUCAAGGAGCUCAUCCCGGAGUUCUACCUGCCGGGCGCCGCGGGGUUCCUGCGCAACGGCCUCGGGCUGGCGCUGGGCGCGCGGCAGGACGGCCGACCCGUGGGCGACGUGGAGCUGCCGCCCUGGGCGCGGGGUUCGCCGGAGCGCUUCCUGUCCCUCCAGCGCGCCGCGCUGGAGGCGCCCGUGGUCUCCGCAAACCUGCACCACUGGCUGGACCUGGUGUUCGGCUGGAAGCAACGCGGCGCCGCCGCGCUGCAGGCGGGGAACGUCUUCCGCCACCUCACCUACGAAGGCGCUGUGGAUCUGGAGGCCAUGGAGAAGCAAAACCCGGGGGAGGCGGCGCUCCUGCGCCUUCAGAUCGAGGAGUAUGGCCAGACGCCGCGCCAGCUCUUUGACGCGCCGCACCCGCGCCGUUUGGUGGCACCUCGCGCGUGGGAUGCCAAUGGGGAGACUCCGGCCACGAGCGACGGCAUGGCGGGGCUGUGCCUCUCCCUCAUGGCAUCUGUGCUGGCGGCGAGGGAGGAGGAGGGCGCGAGGGCGGAGCCCUUCACGGACGACAGCCAGCUGGCGCUCCUGGACGCCCUCGACCUUGCGCCAGGCGACUCCGAGGAGGACGGGGGCCCAGGCAUGGUAGCAGAGACUGAAGCCCCUGCACCUGCUGCGCUGGCGCCCUGGUGGGACGACCUCGUGACCCUGGCGGUGCCGCCAGGGCUCGCCAGCCCCCAUGCCUCGCCGCAGGCCUCGCCCCGGCCCCGGGACGCCAAGGUGCUGCAUCGGCUAACAUUUGGCCCGGCGCACGGGGUCACUGCACUGGCGGUCGCAGCGGGGGACGGCGCCAGGAAUGGAACUCCGACAGCCUUUGCCGCGACGCAGUCCGGCCAGAUCCGGGCGGUCGAGCUGGAGAGCGGGAAGCAGGUGCGCUGCGCGUCGCUGUCCGCGCAGCCGCUGACGUGCCUGGCCCUGGCGCGCCCCGACCCGCGCGGCCACCCACUGGCGCUGGCGGGCGGCUACGACGGCGAGGUUCGUGCCUACUGCGCGCGCACUGGCUGCUCUGCCGGCGGCUGGGUGCCGGGGGACGAUGCGGUGAGCGCGCUGUGCACGCUGGGGUCGGGCGUGGUGGUCGCCACCGCCAGCGGCGGUCUGGCGGCCUGGGAGACGGGCGGCGGGCGGCAUCCCUGGCGCCCUGUCGGGCGGAGCCUGGGCGGCGGGGGCGCCGUGCUACCCCUGCUGGACCUGGAGGGCCUGCAGGGCGAGGGCGCCUGGUCUUUGGCUGCACUGCCCGCGGGCUCUCACCCGGGGCCGCUGAUCCUGGCCGGCACGGAGGCGGGCGCGGUGCUGGGCUGGGACCCACGACGCGGCGGGGCCCCGGCCUGGCGCUCCGUCUUGGGCCAGGACAUCGUGGCAGGGCUGAGCGUAGACGCCGGCAGCGCCCCUCGCGUCAGCGCCGCUGCGGCCGACGGCCGGCUGCGCCUGCUGGACCUCCGGCGGGGUGGGGCGGUGAUGGCUGACGAUACUUCCGGGGAACUUGCGUCCUGGAUCACGCUCCUGGAGAAAACCCUUUCAUUUGAUAUCAAAGAAGUGGACCUGGAGAACAAAAGUGAUGAGUUUAAAGCCAAGUAUGCGUCCCUGCACCCGGGCCCCGAUGCCCCUGCCAAGGUCCCCAUCCUGGACGAUGCCGAUGGCACAGCCCUGUUUGAGAGUCUGGUGGUGGCAUACUACCUGAACGACAAGUACCCAGAGCCGGCUCUGCUGCCCAGUGAGGCAGCCGCAAAGGCAAAGAUCAGCCUGUUCAUCGAGCUCUUCCCCCCAUCCAUCUUCAGCAAUGCCUUCAGCCUGGUGAAGGCCGAGACCAGGGCACAGGUGGCCGAGCGCCUGCCAGCGCUGGUCCAGGGCCUCAAGACCGCAAACGCCCUGCUGACCAGCCUGGGGUCCUCCGAGGGCGGCGACUACUUUGCGGGGGCGCAGUACACGCUGGCCGACAUCGCCACCUCCCCCCUGUACCAUCGCGCCGUGCACCUGCUGAAAGGCCACCGAGACAUCGACAUCCCCGCCAUCCUGCAGGAGCACAAGCUGGACAGGCUGGCGGCGUGGUCGAAGGCUGUGCUGGAGCGCCCCUCUUUCCAGGAGACCGCCCCUGAUGCCGAGGUGGUGAUCAAGUCCAUGGCAAAGUUCGUGAACCCCCUGUCUGAUUGA